UUUCUCAACUUACAGAAAAAAAAUGUUUCCCAUGUCUUCUCCAGCUGUUUCAUUCUCCUUUUUGUUUUUGUUUCCGUUAUUAGCUGCUGCUGCUGCUAAUUUAGACAUCGACAAGAUCCUCAGCGACUACUCGGACCUGUCGGACUUCAACAACAUGUUGAAGGAAACGGGCGUUGCAGACCAGAUAAACAGCAUGCAAACCGUCACUGUUCUUGCUGUUUCUAAUGGAAAUCUGGGUGCACUUUCAGGCCGAUCUUCGGAAGACAAGAAGAUGGUGAUGAGCGUGCAUGUGAUACUCGAUUACUACGAUGAACUCAAGCUCAAUAAAUCGACAACUAAGCAUGCAAAGAUUCUCACCACGCUUUACCAACAAACCGGGAAAGCCCGCAACCAGGUAGGUUUCUUGAACAUGACGAACACGGGGAAUGGUCCAGUGGUGUUUGCAUCGGCUGCACCAAACUCUCACCUUGAAGCUCAACUUGUUAAACAAGUUACUUCUAAACCUUAUGAUAUUUCCGUGAUGCAAAUCAGUAAUCUUCUUAAUGUAGCCUCCAUUUCGCCUGCUCCGUAUACCGCUCCUGUGGCUUCGCCUCCGAGGAAGGUGCUAGCACCAGCUCCAGCUCCAACACCGAGUCUCGACGUCAAUGAGGAGGAAGACAUCAAGUCUCCAGCUUCAUCGAAGACUAGACCGAGCAAGGGAUCGGCGGUAGCUGCUGCUGAUGCUCCUGGUAGCGAGGAAGAAAAGUCUGAUGUGCCUGUACCUUAUGGGGAUUAUCUGGCCUCGUCCAUUCUUAUCGUUUUCACUUGCGCUUGGUUGUUGGUUACAAUGGUUUGA